AUGAAGAAGUACAUGUUAGCUGAUCUGAAGCUAGAGAUUCAACCUCGCGAGUCGAAAGUUUACAUCCCCUCCUGGCAUCAACACCCUGAUCUCUCGCAGCUGAAGAAGAGCCUUAAGCGCCGUCUCAAGACUCAACUUCUUCACUUCGAGGUCGUCACUGGCGGGAUUACACUUGGCGGCCUGCCUAUCGGCACGGAUGGAUUUCAUGCUAGUGAGCUCCGAGCGAAGGUUUCUAACCUCAACGAAGAGCUCUCGAAGCUCGGGCUCGUCCAGCAUGGCUUCAUGUUCAAGACGCGGCUCCAUCUCCAGAAGCUUGACCUCUCUGUCCACCUGGCGCUUGAGAAAUACCACCGCUGGCCUUCCUCGCAGUACCUCGCCGCGCAUCCCGACCUGCUAGAGUUUGCGAGGUUCAAGCGGGAGCUUCCGCAUAGUCGGGGAGGGGACGAGUUCACGCCCUCUGAGGGUCUACACCCCGCUGUUUACUAUACGGCUAUCGCUCGCUUCCUCGCUUGGUACUCUGACCAGCCCAUGUCCCGGACGCUGACCUCUCCUCAUAGCCUGGACGCUGCUUGUCUGCGCGGCUUCGCGCUUGGGCUGGCGCUGCCGCGUCUGGGUGCCAGCAGUGCUGGUUAA